GCGGACGUUAUUUGAAAACUGAAAACACCUUUGAUUUGCGCACAGAUCCCACAAUGAUUCACUGCUGCUUUCGGGAUGUUUUAGUCUACUGAAUGGCUCGUACUUGGAUACGAUAGCCUCCAUAACGCACGGACUACACGCGCUCCAGUCCGGCUGGACUACAGCCUGAACACGCGUUGCGGUCUCCUGGGCGACAUAUAACUUAAACUUAAGAGGGUUAGAGGAGGAUAUUAAUAACUGUGGUGCCAACAAUUCACAGAGGAGGAGCAGAGAGGAGCAGAGAGGAGCAGCCCGGUGACCAUGCCCGGGAUGAUGGGGUCGUUCAGCGGCGCAGCACUGCUCGUCCUGUCCGGGCUGGUCGCUCCGCUCUGCCUGGUGCAGGGGUUCGGCGAGGAGGUGGAGGAAAUGACCUGCGACCCGAUCCGGAUCAGCAUGUGCCAGGGUCUCGGUUACAAUGUUACCAAGAUGCCCAAUCUGGUCGGCAACGUGCUGCAGUCGGACGCGGAGCUGCAGCUGACCACGUUCACUCCGCUCAUACAGUACGGCUGCUCCAGCCAACUCAAGUUCUUCCUGUGCUCAGUCUAUGUGCCAAUGUGCACCGACAAGGUUCCCAUCCCCAUCGGUCCGUGUGGUAGCAUGUGUCUGUCCGUCAAGAAGAAAUGCCUCCCGGUGCUCCAUGAGUUUGGCUUCAUUUGGCCUGAGGUGCUCAACUGCAGCCUCUUCCCACCUCAAAACGACCACAACCACAUGUGCAUGGAAGGCCCCGGGGACGAGGAGCCGCCCUACCAGACCGUCCGCCAUCCUCCCCACCAGGAGGACUGUCAGGCACUGGGAUCUGCACCUGAGCAGUACACCUGGUUAAAACAGACUGAGAGCUGUACUCUACAGUGUGGCUAUGACAGCGGACUCUACCGACGAGGGGCCAAAGUCUUCACGGACGCCUGGAUGGCGGUGUGGGCUGUGCUGUGCUUCCUGUCGACCACUCUGACGGUCCUGACCUUUCUGUUGGAUUCACAGCGCUUCUCCUAUCCGGAAAGACCCAUCAUCUUCCUAUCUAUGUGCUGUAAUCUGUACAGCGUGGCCUACCUGGUACGCUUGACUCUGGGGAGGGAGCGUGUUUCCUGUGACCUAGAUGCCACCGCAGUACCAAUCCUAGUACAAGAAGGGUUAAAGAGCACCGGCUGUGCCAUCGUCUUCCUCCUGCUCUACUUCUUCGGCAUGGCUUCCUCCCUCUGGUGGGUGAUCCUGACCCUCACUUGGUUCUUGGCUGCUGGACUGAAGUGGGGCCAUGAGGCUAUAGAAAUGCACAGCUCCUACUUCCACAUAGCAGCCUGGGCCAUCCCGGCCGUUAAAACCAUCGUCAUCCUCAUAAUGCGACUGGUGGAUGCAGACGACUUAACUGGACUCUGCUACGUUGGCAACCAGCAGCAGGAGGCCCUUACAGGCUUUGUGGUGGCACCUCUGGCCACAUACCUUCUAAUAGGCACUCUGUUCAUCUGUGCUGGCCUAGUGGCUCUUUUCAAGAUCCGCUCCAAUCUGCAGAAGGACGGUGCCAAAACAGACAAGCUUGAGCGUUUAAUGGUGAAGAUCGGCGUGUUCUCCGUUCUCUACACUGUCCCAGCGUCCACCGUCAUUGGCUGUUACCUCUACCAGCUCUCUCACUGGGGGGAGUUCAGGGCCAGCACGCGGGACUCAUAUGUGGCAUCAGAGAUGCUCCGAAUCUUCAUGUCACUGCUCGUAGGCAUUACAUCGGGCAUGUGGAUCUGGUCUGCAAAAACCCUACACACCUGGCAGCGCUGCACUGCCCGCCUGCUCAGGGAUAGCAGGGCGAGCCGGGGGGGCAAGAGGGCACCGGGCGAGGGCUGGAUCAAGCCGGGGAAAGGCAACGAGACGGUGGUGUGAGGAGGAGGAAGAGAGAGCGAGAGAGAGAACAGACAGGAAUGGACUUCUACCUGCUUCACUUACAGAAACUCACUCUGCCAAACUAAAGACGGAGAGGACAAAAACGUGAUGAGAGGGAGUAGCAGGAGAUUCUCAAGGAAGCCGCUGGAUGUAAUGGCAUCACAAAAACUCGCUGAGAGUCUGCAAGCAUGCCUCACCCCCUCUAACUGCCUCUAACGGGGGUUAAGGAGGAGAGAAGUGGAGGAUUGGGGUCGGACAUAAGUAGCAACAGUAGCCUCUCUACCUCUGUUAGACUUUCUUUGCCCAGAGAGAUAGAGAAAGCGACUAAUGAAGGAGAUAGAGAGAUCGAAAGGGCAGAACAGAAGCAUCAAUAUGCAGACCAGACACACCAAUAAGCUGUGUAGCACCACGUCUACCUCUCUGCCUCUCUUUUCUCCAGAGCCUUGAGCAGAAGAGACUGAACCUGCUGGAUACAGUAACCCUCAUACCGUUGUGUCUUUUUAGGGUCAUUUGAAAUUUUUUAAUUUACACUGGAGGGUCCUGGUGCAGAUAUUAUACAGGUGAAGGUUGACAUUUCCCAAAAGCAUCUGACAACUUGAGCUCCUGUGUUUUUUUGUUUUUUUUAUUUCCACACAGGAGAAUUCAAAUGAAAUACCAGACCAAAAGUAAUUCAAAUCGGAUGAUAAAACAUAUUAAAUAUGGCCUUAAAUCUGUGAUGCGUUUACAUUUGAACGACAAUAUUAUACAUUUUUGUAAAUUAUUACUUUUUGUACAAUAUAUAAAAGAGCAGGUGAUUUUAUUGCUCAGAAUUUUUUGGGGAAACCAGCUCUAAGCUGUAAUAAUGCACUAUAAUUGUAUACAAUAUGUGAAGUGUCUGUAUUUGUCACAAGUGCAUUACCAGGGAUGGCCGUGACGAGAGCCUUUAACAGUUCGGUCAGUUUUCAUUAUAAACGCUGCAGAAAAAAUAACUAACGUGGUUAAAUCCACAAUAUCUCUUCCAAAAAACAUUGCGAGGGCAGGAGCAGACAAAGAAAAAUAAGGUGAGAUUAUUUGUUUAGUGUGUGUUGUACAUUUAGGUAAAGUCUGUGGUUGCUAUAAAGUCAUACCGCAAUGGAUCCUGGGAGAACCCCAGCUGUGCCUUUUAUUGGCCCAUAAAUGUAGAAGCGGUAAGGCAUCUGGGAAAUGUAGGCCUGUGUGUUUAACUCCGCAGUCUAUGAAAAGCUCAGCUAACUUCCAAUCAUGUGUGCAGUCUUUGUGGGAAACCCUGUACUGCAUGUGUUCUUGAGUUACCAUGAAAUCCAGGAAAUUAAAUUAAUUCCCUCCCCUCUCUUUCCAAACAUCGGACCAGAGGCACGUUAAAGAAUUAGAGGUUAUUUAGACAAUCACUUGCCAAAGGACACAUUACGAAAUAACAAAGAGCCGUCACAGGCACAUAUAGCAGGUAGUUCCCACAAAUCUCAUCCACCAGCAGAUAUGAUCAUGACCACAAUACAACCAAGAAUAAGCCCAUAACUGCAAAAUUGUGUUUUCUUUCUGUCUGAUUGUACUCAACUCUUAGUUUCUUUUAAAAAACCUUUCAGUUCAAUAAGGACAUCACAGAAGCACAAGGAGAAUGACACUUUUAAUUAGUGUCUGUCUGUCGGACGCUCUCAUUGGUCCACUGCCGGCCUGUUUCUCUUUAACCUCGCCUACUACAUCAUGGCUCGUUUCCCAGACAAUCAAGUCGUCCCUGCAAAAGAUUACAUUUCAGAAUUUCAUGGAUGAUGGAGACAAGCUUUCUACUCGUUGUCUUUAGUGGGGCAUCGAUUGAUAAUAGGCAUCUCCCAACAUUUCAAUCCUGCAUUUCCCCUCUAUUACUGCUUAUAGAGUGUACUAUAAGCUGUAAUUACAAUACUUUUUUCCUGGUCUUACUGCUGCACUUACCAAAUUCUGCAACUGCUCCUGUGCACCGUAUAUUUGCCUGACAAUCUAUCUUUGCAAAGCGCUUGCGUUUCAGUGAGUCUUUGAAUGUAUACUAUGCGGGGUGUGUGUCACGUUACACCUUCUACUUUAAGUAGGCUGUUUAAAUGUAUAAGGGCUUAAAUGACUUGGAGCUUUGCCCCGUGUGUCAGUUGAAACCAGAUAGUGCCUCAGAUCGCCCGUCACAGGUAUUUUUAACAUAAUGUUUAGAAUGGGACAGAAAAUAACUUUAAAGUAUGGGCUGCCUUUUUCCCCAAAACCUAAAUGUAACAGCACCCUUAUUGCAUUCAAAGAUACUUUUGGUGUUUUUUGGGCAAAAACCUAGAACCCUGAAAUCCAGUGUUUCUCAAACAAGCAUCCAUGGCCCACAUAUUAAAUUUCCAAAGUCAAACAAACAUUACAUUGAGUUAAAGUGAAUUAAAUUAACGUCUGACCACCUCCCCUCUCAACUAAUGCAGUUUCCCUCUAAAACAGUCUCAAUGUUUUGGCUGUCUCCUGUGGUAUGCUCACGCAGAGCUUCAGGUGACAUUUCCAAGCAAUCACUGAACAUUUGGGCCUUAAAACUUGCUGAAUGUGUGCCAUGGCCUAAUGAAGAUUGAGAAGCACUGGUUAUAUACAGGCUAGUUAACGAUUUUUGCCCAGAUAUGCAUCAAUGUCAGGGUCAGUUCACCUACCCUGAUCUUAGCUUUUAAGGUCUAGACUGUUCGUCUGUGUAGAAAACUCAAUGUCUUGAUGAUGUCAUCAAUGUAUUAUAAAGAAAUUGCUAAUUUAUCAUUGUAAAAAAAAAGUGACAAAAAAAUGUAAAACUUGUUUGUUAUUUAAAAAAGCUUUUGUAUCAGAAGAAUAUGAUGAAU